AUGACGACCAUGGAUUUGCGUGUCGGUAACAAGUACCGGAUUGGCCGCAAGAUCGGUAGCGGUAGUUUCGGUGACAUCUACCUUGGCACAAACAUCAUCUCCGGUGAGGAGAUCGCCAUCAAGCUUGAAAGCGUCAAGGCCAAGCACCCUCAACUCGAGUACGAGGCCCGCGUCUACAAGUCCCUCGCUGGUGGUGUCGGUAUCCCCUUUGUCCGCUGGUUCGGCACCGAGUGUGAUUACAACGCCAUGGUCAUCGAUCUUUUGGGUCCCAGUCUGGAGGACUUGUUCAACUUCUGCAACCGCAAGUUCUCUCUGAAGACCGUGCUUCUCCUCGCCGAUCAGCUCAUUUCCCGUAUCGAAUACAUUCACGCCAAGUCGUUCAUUCACCGUGAUAUCAAGCCCGACAACUUCCUCAUGGGUAUUGGCAAGCGUGGAAACCAGGUUAACGUGAUUGAUUUCGGUCUGGCGAAGAAGUAUCGCGACCCGAAGACUCACUUCCAUAUCCCUUACAGGGAGAACAAGAAUCUCACUGGUACUGCUCGUUACGCCAGUAUCAACACUCACUUGGGUGUCGAGCAAUCUCGCCGUGAUGACAUGGAGUCUCUCGGUUACGUGAUGCUCUACUUCUGCCGUGGCUCUCUUCCCUGGCAGGGUCUGAAGGCUGCUACCAAGAAGCAGAAGUACGACCGCAUUAUGGAGAAGAAGAUGACCACCCCCACCGAGGUCCUUUGCCGCGGUUUCCCCAACGAAUUCGCUAUCUACUUGAACUACACCCGCUCGCUCCGUUUCGACGACAAACCCGAUUACUCCUACCUGCGUAAGAUCUUCCGUGACCUCUUCGUCCGCGAGUCCUUCCAGUACGACUAUGUCUUUGACUGGACCGUUUACAAGUACCAAAAGAACGCGGCUAUGAUCGUGGACGGUGCCAAGAAAGACAAAGACGAUGAGCAGGCACGCCGUCAAGGUGCCGCUGCUGCGGGCCCUAUGGCUGCUGCCAAGCCUGGAGCCAUCUCCGGCCAGCGCCGCAAGGUCAUGGAACGUUCUACCCUCGACACCCCGGAGACCAACCGUGCCGUGGGAGGAAGCGAAAGGAUGUGA